UCCCACGACCCCACAAUUUAUAUUUUAUCCAGCACGAUGCGAGUGCUGCCCGUGUAUUUUCUGGCGGUGCUCUUCUCGACAAAGAUAAAUGGACAGGAGUGUUGCGACCAUGAUUGCAAGUUACAGCAAUACCAAACGGCUCUGGAAAAUGCAGUGUACGUGUAUCAAGCACAGAGAACCCAACCAGGCGUAUUUCCAAGUACUUCGAUUAUAAACGGACGCACUUUUGGGCUUUUAUGGGGACUAAAAACUCUAAUAUGCUUCGUGGGAAGGCUUUUUGGAUAUAUAUGUAAACGGCAUCGUAGACUGCCACCGCCGCCGCCACCACCACAAUGUCCACAAAUUGAACCGCCUCUGUGUGUUUGUCAACCUCCACCUCCGCCAUUUUGGCCUCCACCAUAUUGGCCUCCACAUACUUGGCCUCCACCGACAUGGCCACCACCAACUGGGCCUCCACAUACUUGGCCUCCACCAGCUGGGCCUGGCCGUCUUCACCACCUGGGCCCCCACAUACUUGGCCUCCACCAACAUGGCCACCACCAACUGGGCCUCCACAUACUUGGCCUCCACCAACAUGGCCACCACCAACUGGGCCUCCACAUACACCAAAACUUCCACCAGCUGGGCCGACUCCACCUUGGCCAACAACAAGAUGGCCACCUCCAUCAACACCCACUUCGCCUCCAAAAACUUCAACACCAACUUGGCCGACUCCACCUUGGUCAACAACAAUAUGGCCGCCUCCAUCUGGGUCUACUUCGACACCAAAAACUUCAACAACAACGUGGCCGACUCCACCUUGGUCAACAACAAGGUGGCCACCUCCAUCUGGGCCGACUUCGACACCAAAAACUUCAACACCCAUUUGGCCGUCUCCACCUUGGUCAACAACAAGAUGGCCGCCUCCACCUUGGUCAACAACCAGGUGGCCACCUCCAUCUGGGCCGACUUCGACACCAAAAACUUCAACAACAACGUGGCCGACUCCACCUUGGUCAACACCCACAUGGCCGACUCCACCUUGGUCAACAACAAGAUGGCCGCCUCCAUCUGGGCCGACUUCGACACCAAAAACUUCAACACCCAUUUGGCCGUCUCCACCUUGGUCAACAACAAGAUGGCCGCCUCCACCUUGGUCAACAACAAGAUGGCCGCCUCCACCGUGGUCAACAGCAAGGUGGCCACCUCCAUCUGGGCCGACUUCGACACCAAAAACUUCAACAACAACGUGGCCGACUCCACCUUGGUCAACACCCACAUGGCCGACUCCACCUUGGUCAACAACAAGGUGGCCACCUCCAUCUGGGCCGACUUCGACACCAAAAACUUCAACACCCAUUUGGCCGACUCCACUUUGGUCAACAACAAGAUGGCCGCCUCCAUCUGGGCCGACUUCGACACCAAAAACUUCAACACCCAUUUGGCCGACUCCACCAUGGUCAACAACAAGAUGGCCGCCUCCAUCUGUGUCGACUUCGACACCAAAAACUUCAACAACAUGGUCAACGCCCACUAUGCCACCUCCAUCAUGGUCAACAACAUUUACUCCGCCGACUUGGUCAACUCCAACAGUGCAAACAACUUCACCUCAAACGUGGCCUACAAGUUCGCCAAUUACAACAACACCCGAGGGGCCAACAACGCAACCACCGGGAUGUAUAACAACACCACCACCACCGGUGUGCAUAACAACGCCACCAACGACGCAGUGUCAUACACCACCGCCGGUGUGUAUAACAACGCCACCAACUACGCAGUGUAUAACACCACCGCCGGUGUGUAUAACAGCGCAACCACCGGGAUGUAUAAUAAGACCACCAUCGGCGGAGCCGGGUAUAACAAUUAAUAUACCAAAUAUCGGAAAGGAAGAGCUACUAACCAUGUUGGAAGCGUUGCGUGAUAUCAUAAAAAAUAGGCCAUCCAACUCAACCAGAAAUCUGGAAGACAAAGAGCUUGAGACCCAGCUCGAUGCUAUCGUCCC